AUGUCUCCCCAACUCGGCCACAGCUGCGCGCUCACCAUCCUCAAGGGAGACGCCGAGCACCCGAUCAACGCACAUGCCCCCAUCCAUCAAAAAUUGCAUCCUUCCAAAGCCCCAACCUCUCCCUCGCAACCAUCACGCUUCGCCACUUCCUUCUCGAACCUGCGAUCCGCAUCUCAAGCAGCAGCAUCUUCUGGGUUCGACUCAAGCGUCAACGUCCAUGCCGUCUCGGACUACGGCAUCCUUCUCCCCUUCCUCGAUCGACCGAGCGAAGUCAAGGAGCUGCUUUUCGAUAUCAAGGCAAAUGAACUUCUCAUGAUCAGACUCUGCAGUGUCUUUGGUGGCGAUCCGAACCAACCCAUGCAGCGUGGCAAGGACGAGCGAUGGGACGAGAUGCUCGAGCUGCUCGUCGAGCUCGACCGUCCUCUGCUCGAUGACGAGGACUGGCUCGCACGACUCGAGUCGCUCGUUAUGGAGCGAUCCCCUUCGCUUUGGGCGCAGCUCGCACGCUGCUUAGGUGCAGACGGCCUCUCGUUUCACCCUCUUGCUCAGCCAAGCUCUUCGCGUUUCGACAGCUGGGCGUUGCCUUCGCGCUUUGCCGACCCCAGUCGCGGCAUUGACAGCCCGCUCUCGCCACCCUCUGCUGCGUCCAGCGACCUUGAUCACGAUGAGCACGUCGACCGAGCUCUAGCAGUCAACGUUGAGCCAUUGAGUGCGCUUCCGGGCUCCUACUCGGAGCAGCCAGCGGGCAAGCUGCAGAGGUCGUCUCUGCGCGAAGCGACUUCGCCGGCAGCUCAGUCAUCUCUGCUGCUGCCCCCCGAGUCGACCGCAGGAGGUCACGCAUUUGAGAUCACCAGUACCAGCCCAACUUCGCCGGGCGAGGUGUUUGCAAUGUCAGCCGGAGCUGACGACUCUGCCCUGACGAAUUCGCUCGAAGACAUCAUGGAAGAGCCCCAUUCGUCGGCGCAGGCGCCAACAGAAGCUCCUCGCAGAGCACGGUCGCACUCUGGCAAGUUUGCGGGACUGCGCAUCUCGGCUCUCACCUCUUCGAGUCCGGGCAUCUCUCGACGUACCUCGAUCGCUUCCGAGUCGAGUCUGGCAGGUCUCAGGGACCAAUCAAGCUCGCCUCUUCCUACCGGCGCCAUGUCUCCUCCAGGCCUGGCUCCUCCGAGUCCUGAAGCUUUGCCUUCUCGCGCAGACACGACCACCACCUCGUUCUCCAGGCACCGACGCCUCAGCACCAUGAUGGUCCAGAAUCAACCUACACAACAAGAACCACUGCACGGACGCGAUUCUAAGAGUCUGGAUCUCGGUCGUGGCCUGUCACCAAAAGCAUCAGCCGGGCGACGUCAGCGUGGUGUCAGCGAGGCCUCGCCCCAACUUGACUCAUCCUUCCAUCUGCAGCGACCUCGUCGUCGUACCGAGAGCUUUGCGCGGUCCUUUGCCGAGUUGACGUCUCCCACCGAGCAUCUCCAGCAGCUGAGAGCCGACCACGCCAAGGGAGAAGCAGAUCGUUUGGCCGAGAGGACCCGUCGCAUCAGCUUGGAGACCCAGGGUCAAGACCAUGCCUUUUCGCCUUCAGCAGCUCCCGCGGACGCUUUGGGCUUGCAUGCGUACGCUGCGAGUUCCGACUUGCUCGAGCCUGUCUCGGCCUCGUCCCCAAGCAGCGGCAAGAGCAGACGUGCUCCGAUCGGCCGCAGACGCGUUGGGAGUAUCGGCAGUAGGGCUGCCUUCAGCUGUACAAGCCCUGUGUCGCCUCCGAUCCCAGGUCUGAUGCCGGAUGGUCGAACUCGCCAUCCAUCCGGCAGCUACGGCUCGCGCGACCUGAAUGAAUCCAUUGCAGCCUUCCGAGCCACGAUGGGUCUGUCAACCUCGCCUUCACCCAGCGAGCGAGACUUUGCGGAGACCGGGGACACCAAGUCGGAUGCGGGCAAGUCUAGUGACUCGACCACACGUAAGCGCAAGGGCUCAGACGAUGCUGAGGUGUACAAGCCUACCUCGAGGACCGCCGAUACUGUGGAAGCCAAGGUCUCUCGCAUGGGUUUCCACACCACCACUACUACCGGCACCAGCGCCACUGAGGAGCACCAGGCCCAAUUCCAAAAGCCCAAACACAUGCAGGAGCUUGAGAACCGCGGCCAGGUCAGCAGCACCUCGGGCAGCGGGUUGGCGCUUGGAGGUGGCUUCUCGCUCGCCAAGUCCGGCGCCAACUUCCGCCGUCAGAGUCAUGACGCGAUGUCGCUCCCACAGAGCAGCUGGCGUUCGAGCUUCAGCCGACGCGACGCAACGCGCAGCACCCGAGGCGGCGAGCCGUACUCGCUUCGCUCGCCGCCUGCCGUGCAGCGGCGACCCGGCGGCUUUGUUUCGCUAGCGCAGGAAUACGAACGUGCUAGACAGGGACGCCGCUCGAGCGAUGUCGCCUUUUCGAUUAACAGCAAUGCUGUGGCGAGCUCGCCUUCCAGUAGCAUCACUAGCUUUGACAACAGCGGCGGCGGCGAGGAAAGGCCUCGUUCGUCACGACGAAGCUCGGACGAGUCGAUGCCGCCGCGUUUGGAACUGUCGCUCGCAAGGGAGGGUGAGUCGGGCGGCAAGUCUAAGCAAAAGUCGACCCCUAAUAUCGUGAAGGGUGAUCCGACGCCCAAAGCUGGACAUGUAGGCGGCGGUAUUACCCCGAGGGCCUCGUUCGGUGCUUCGGCAGCCCAUCUCGGGGGUGGUUCGCAGGGGUAUCCGUUCCCAAACUUGCUUCAUCGGAUGACCGCGCCUGCAGCCAACGAGGGGGAUGCGGUGGAUUCGUCGGCUCAGGCCCAGCGACGUUCGCUUGCACCCGCGACGCCACUGAGCCCGCUUCAAGCCUGCCGCACGCGCUUAACCCCCUCCCCCGGCGUCUCGUCCACAAGCAGCAGUGGUAGCAUCAGCAGCAGCCCGCGUUCGCCCAGCAUCGUUUUCCCCAUCUCGCCAAAUCCGUCGAUCUCCCGCGCCCAGGAAUUUAAGAAGGUGCUCGACACACCCCAAUGCCAAGAAGCAUUCGUGCACAUCCGUCGCGUCGCCGGAGUGGAGACGGCAGAUCUGAUAUGCAAGCUCAUCACCAGCACCGAGCGUGUAGAUAUGCACGACGAGGGGUUGCUGGAAGAGGUCGCUCAUCGUCUGGGUUUGGUGGAUCAUGAACGUGCCCAGCAGCUGGGGGGACACGAGGCCGAGGUUGCGGAUAUCGUGCUGGCUGAGCCGGGGUACGAGGGGCGCUGGGAGGCUUUUGCGGGGCUGUGUAGAGCUUUGGGGGUGGGCGAGUAUGAGUUGGGCAUGGCGAGGAAGAGGUGCGGUCCUGCGAUUGACACUUGUCGUCCGUGA